GGAGGUGGCGCUUUUUGAAGGCUGUGUCUGUGGGGUCCAGUGCUGGAGCCCGGUGCGCGUCUACAGUGGCUCUUGCGUGGAAUCACUACACACAGAACCGGUGCACACGUGCAUGCGGGGCACACAAGUUAAUACAAAGAGAAAUGGCAGGACAACCGCAGAGACCGGACACUCGACUUCCCCGUCUUCAACAGCAAGGAACGACGGUCCCCUUUUCAGGUUCACCAACUCGUCCGCUCUGUCCAGGCCCUUCCCGGUUUCCGCACGGAGUCCCGCGUCGGGGACAACUGCACACGGCUCGUCAGCUUAUUAUGACCCCGCAGCCCCACUCCCCACGCGCUCCCCUCCCCGGCGCUGCGCCUCCAAGCUGCAGCCUCGGCGCGGCCGCUGGGGGCGCUGUGGUGCGCAGGCGCCGCCUGGGACGCGCUCUGGCUCUGGGGCGCCGCUCCUUCCGCCUUCCCGGCAGGCCCUGCGCGGCGCCUGCGCGUUCGGUGACCUUCCCGAGUAGCUGGCUGUGCGGGUCGGGGCUGCCCGAGCCGUUGGUCCUGCGGCGAGAUAAAAGAGCUAAAGCUCUGAAAGGUUCGAGUCCCGCGCCUGCUCAUGGUCAUCACUAGCAGCCGAGCCGAGGGCGCAGCGGGGAGCGUUGGCUGUUAGAUGGGGACGAAGGACAGUAUCUAGAAGUGCCGUGCCCUUGCUGGCAUGAAUAAACAUACCU